AUGGAUCACUCACUCGAAAACUACAAAUCCUACAUCGGAAAGCCCAUUUCCGAGCUCCCCACGCCAUCCCUCGUCAUCAAUCUCCCCGUCCUCAAGCACAAUGUCGAUACCCUACACCGCGACGUCGAGAAGCUCGGCAUCGGUUUCAGACCUCAUGUAAAAACGCUCAAGUCCCUCGAGGUGACGAGGAUGAUGCUCGCGGGCGGCAAAUACAGGGGUAUUGUCGCCUCCACCAUUCCCGAGAUCCAGGGUGCCCUGCCCCUGGUGAAAGAGGGCAUCCUAGACGAGUGUCUCUACGGUCUUCCUGUCUACCCUAGUGUUCUGCCAAGACUGGUUGAGCUCCGAAAAUCACUACGCAUCCUCCUCAUGGUGGACAAUGAGCAGCAAAUAGCGCUCCUCGAGCAGUCGGACUUGAGCAAACAGCCCUGGGACAUCUUUGUCAAGCUAGAUGUCGGCUCGCACCGAGCGGGGGUGGAGACCAACAGCCAAGCCCUCCAUAGCCUGGUAGAGCGCGCCGAAAAGUCAUCGGCAGUUAGCAUCUACGGAUUUUACUGUCACGCCGGACACUCGUACGCGGGCAGGUCGCGAAACGAAGCUGAGGAAACCCUCAACGUUGAAGUGUCGAGCGUGCUCUCGGCAGCCAAACUCCUCCCCUCAGAUCGCAACAUCGUCAUCUCGGUGGGCAGCACACCAACAGCACACGUAGUGGAGAGCCUCAAGGCUUCGUUGCCAGCCAACAUCAAGCUCGAACUCCACGCAGGCAAUUUCCCCAGCAACGACCUUCAGCAAGUAUCCACGGGGCUGGUGACCGAAGCCCAGCAAGCCGUCUCGGUGGCGGCCGAGGUGUGCAGCGUGUACCCGGAGAGGAACGAGGCGCUCGUCAACGCGGGCGUGAUUGCGCUGUCGCGCGAGGCGAGCGCCUUCACCGGAUUCGGCCGCGUGGUGGGCAAGCAGGCGUGGGGCGUGGUGCGACUCUCGCAGGAACACGGCAUCUUGGGCACCAGCGAGGAGGGACGAAGGGUCGAGGACGACUUCGAGGUUGGGCAGCGGGUCGAAUUGUGGUGCAAUCACGCAUGCAUCACUGCGGCGGCGUUUUACGUGUAUUAUGUCGCUGAUGAAGAAGGGAUCUCUUGCGAGACAAUACCACUCUCAGUAAUCACCCUCAACACCUCUCCUCACAUCACACAAGUCAUCAUGUCUUACGCCGACGUUGCUGCCAGCGGACCCAAGCAGUCCCCCCAGGACGCUGCUGCUCCUCAGCCUCCUGAGAUCAUCUCCACUGAGUCCGCCUCCACCGCUUCCCUCAUCGACGUUGACCUGCCGUCUGUGCACACCGUCAACUCCGAGUUCCUCGACCAGCCCGUCAAGACCGAGACCCAAGCGGCUCGCAUCGAGAGAGAAGAGGAGGCUCGUGAGGAGAAGCGAAAGCGUGACGCCGCUGCCGCCAAGGCCCGCCAAACCGACAACUGGCUGAUCCGGCAAUUUUCUCGUCUUUCCGAUGGCAGCGCUACCGGCCUUGUUAUUGCCAACUUUGCUACCGUUGUCGGCCUGAGUGCGUACCUGGGCUACAAGGGCUGGGGUCUGUACGAGAAGGGCAAGCUUGACUGGAAGGCCGUCGGCAUCGGUGCCGGUAUCCUCGCCAGUGUGAGCGCGGCGGAGGGUGUCCUUGGACGGUAUCUGUACAAGGGCAAGAAGGGUGGUUCCUAG